CUGGACGUCUGGACCCUUGCUUCCACUGGUAUCACUGAUUCUUGACAUGCACUGCAGUAUAUAUGGACUGAAAAAUAUACCAUAAAGCGUAUAUAUUGACCGUUGAAAUGUUUCUCCUGGCUGAGAUAAAGGACACGAUUCGAUUACCACCGACAAAAUUUGGUUUAAAUAUGGAAGAAGCUAUCUCAAAUGAACUGAACAAAAAAUUGGCCAAUAAAGUUGUAUAUAACGUUGGACUUUGCAUUGGCUUGCAUGAUAUAAUAGAAAUUGGUGAUUCAUUUAUUUUACCUGGUGAUGGAGCAUCAUGUACACCUGUCAAAUUUAGAUUUGUUGUUUUCCGUCCAUUUAUUGAUGAGAUCCUUGUUGGCCGAAUCAAGGCAUGCAGUCAUGAAGGGGUGACAGUGUCCAUGGAAUUUUUUGAUGAUAUAAUAAUACCUUAUGAAUACCUACAACAGCCAUCAAAAUUUGAUGAAGAAGAACAGCUUUGGGUUUGGGAAUAUGAAACUGAUGAAGGAACUCACGAUCUAUUCAUGGACAUCAACGAAGAAAUACGUUUUCGUGUUAUUGAUGAAAAUUUUACAGACUUGACACCAACAGGUCCAGAAAAAGCAUCCCAAGAUCAACCAGGGAAUCAGGAGGAGAAAUCUCCUUAUUGCAUCACGGCAACCAUAACUGAACCUGGACUGGGGUUAUUUUCGUGGUGGGCGAAUUCCUGAGUGGAGUGGAUUCAGUUAAACAAGAAACAACGAUGUUGUGUGUCAUAUGAAACCGUACGGAAGAAACAUCUUGGUUGAACAAAAAGAUACCAGCCGAGGCAUCUUCAGAAAAACUACACAAUCCGACGAAAAGUCCCGAGGCUUAUCUAAAAAAUCCGGUGGUUUUGGACUCAAUCGUAAAAUAAAUAAAAACACUCGGGCAAAAUUCCCACU